AUGGAUCUUGGUAGUAGCCCAGAAUCGUAUCAUAUUCAUCCAGUGCCACGUUCUUUAUCAAUAAGUCAUAUGAAAAGAAGAAGCACAUUGUCAUUUUUCAGGAAUUCACGUUCAGCAAGCUUACCUCCAGACUUUCGAAUAAAUAUUAACUAUCAAGAACUUUUAGAAGCAUUUAGCCAUUGUUAUACUUCAUUACCUAUUACAAUUCAUCCAGAAAAUAGUUUAAUUAUUAUGAAAGAUAUGUAUAAAUCAAGAAAAGAUAUGCCAACUACGGUAAUUGCACCUGACGGUUAUAUACCAAAUUCAAAAGUUCGUCUUCAUUUAAAACCUGCAAAGCAAAUUAAGCCUUCUGAUGAAAAAAUCAUGGGAACAUUAUCAUCUAUAGCCUCAUUGAAAGAUGUUUGUCUACUAAAAGCUAUCAUGUCGAAUAAAUUACCUCUUGCAAUCGAAAAAGUACGAGCUGAAUUGGUUACUAGUGCAACGAUAGAAGUUGAAGCUUUAGUAGAACAGCCAUGUGUUAAUAUUUAUGAAGAAGAUAUUUUAGAAGAGGAUGAAACUGCACGAAUUGCAAAAACAGCUAAAAUGCAACAGAUUGCAAAACAACUUACCAAGCAAACAAUUCAACAACUUUUUGAAAAGAAAAUACAAGAAAACUUGGAAAGAAUUGAAGCUGAAAAACAAGCAUUAUCUGAAUCUGAACAAGAUAAAGAACAUGCUCCAGGUGAAGAGGCGCAACAAAAAGAAGAAGAUUCUAUAGAUCGUUUUGGACCAGGUGUUGAAAAGACAAUUGAAAGAAAAAAAGAAGAAGAAAGAACUCGAUCUUUGCCAGUUGAUUUAGUUCAGAAGUAUUUACAAGAAAUGACUGAACAAUGGGGUUCAAUAAACAAAGUUAUGGAUUUAUUUUAUGAAGCAGUUAAAAAGGAUGCAUCGAGUAUUGAAUCACUUGACAAAUAUUUUCGAUCUAGAAAUAUUCGAGUUGGUAUGAUUAAUAGUAUUCUUAGUCCUACAUGGUUAUUUCAUUAUUUAACUAAUCUAUUCGGUGGUCCACGAACACUAAUCGAGCAUAUUGAGACAAUAUUAGAUCCAAAAACGACUAUAGGCGUAAUGCAUAGUGUAAGAACACAGUUUGUAGAAUUUCUUGGUGAUAAACAACGUCUUGAAUUAUUUUUGCAUUCAUUCACUGAAACAAGAAAUAUACUGCAAAAUUAUUUGAAAAAGGAAGGAUUAAGCAAAGAAGAAGCCAUUACUAUAAUUAAUGAAGCUAUUUGUGACAGUUACGAUGCAAAAAAUAAAAUAAGUCAGGCUCUGCAUAUAAAAGAUAUUCAAGAAUUAAUUGAAUCUGUUAAAAUGUGUGACAAUGAGAAAGUGACUAGGUGUAUUGAGGAGUCAGUUAAUUUACCUAAAUCACCACCACCACGCAUAUCUAUAACUAGCAUAGAUGCACUUGAACGACAAAGACGUAAAUCACAAGGUAUCACAGAUGCUAAACCUUCUACUAUUCAGAAGUCUACUGGAGCUGUUGAUGAUACCAAGUAUACACAAAAGAAAAAGUUACCAACUAUCCCUGCUCGCUUAGUGCAUGAUCGUAUUAAACAAGUGAAAAUAAAAACAACACCUGUUACUACACCAAUUCCAAGUGAAAAAGAUGUACGUGAAGAAAGAAAAAGUAUCCGAAAAUCACUUGUAACUACUGAGAAAAAAGAAGAAGUGCCUGUUCCAAAAGAAGAGCAUGUAGUACAGGAAGUUAGUAAAAAGUCAACUACAAAACCGAAACAACCACAAAAAGAGGAUCAUUUGAAAAGUCCGACUAUCAGACAUGAAAAACCAGCAGAAAUAUCUGGAAUAAGUGAAGUAAUGGCAAAAUCUAAGAAAAAACUAGGCAAAUCCAGAACAAUACCAGAAAUAACGAUUAAAGAGGCGGAAGAAGAGAAAUCUGACCAGGAAUUAUACUCAAAACCCUCAGAAGAGGAAGGAGAGGAAAAGAAAGGACUGAAGGACGAAGAAGAAACAUACCGUUCCACUACAUUUGAUGAUAUUUUUGAAGAUAUUUUUGAAACAGAUGAAGAGGAAGAAGAGAGUGAUGAUUAUGUUGCUUCCGAUGGGAGGCACGAGAGGAAAUAA